AUGGUCUACUGCGGUCGUCCUUCAACAAGUUGCAACAAUUGUCGCGCCAAGAAGAGAAGAUGCGACAAAGCAGUCCCAGAAUGCGGCCAAUGUUGUCGCACGGGUGAGAAAUGCCACGGGUACAGAGAUCCCUCAAGCCUCAUCUUUCGCGAUGAGAGCACCCAGGUCAUCAACCGCGCCCGCUCAAAAGUCUCCAAGAGGGCUUUGACGGCCACCCCAACCGACCGCCUCUCGGUGGAGCGCACAGCCCCACGACAGGCACAGAACCAACAACAAUACACCUCCGCACCGGACUAUCACGCCAGCCGCCCCUCCGAUGUCGUCGACGAGACCAUGCUGGACAUGAGCGACGUCGAUGUCGGAGCCGGGAUGUUCGCCGGCGGCAGCUUCAUGCCCGAGUUGAUGAGCUUCCACGACCCCUGCAACCCGGAUGAGACUGGGCUCUUCUCCCUCCAUCACGGAGCCUCGCCCAGCGCCAUGCCGGUAUCGGGCGACGGUCCUGGAUCCGCUGCUUCUGUUCCUGCCUCCGUGUCUGGGCGUCGCUCCCGUGUCGGCGCUUCUAGCAUAGGCGGCGACGAUGUGGCUCUCGAUCAGUUCCCUGUUGACGGCAGCAACCGGGGCGACCGCCAACGGCUAGAACACAACAACUUCACCAGCAGUCAGCCCGAGGUCAUAGCGCGUCCCUUCUCCUUGCCUCUCGACAUCAUCGGUCUCGAUUUCUUCCUCUCUCACUACGUCGUCCGGCAGUCCGGUCCCUCCUCCGGCUUCUUCGACUACGUUCCGGGCAUGCUGGCGCAAGACGACGGCGGCAAUGACAUGCUCGAGGGUGCCAUUCUGGCUGUCGGUUUCAGUGGGCUCGCUCGCACCACUAGCCAGGUCGACCUGUUGACCCGGUCCAUGAUGAUGUACACCCGCACCAUGGAGCGUGUUAAUCUCGCCGUCGCCGACCCCCAGGCCGCCCGUCGCGACAGCACCAUCGUCUCUGUCCUCGUCCUCGCCCUCUACGAGUUCAGCAAGGCCUCUAUCGACGGUUGGAAGCACCACACUGAGGGUGCCACUUCGCUCCUCAACCUGCGCGGCCGCUCCCAGUUCUCCACCUCGACCGGCCUGCAGAUCUUCAAGGAUGUCUUCUCCCAGCUCCUCAUUAACUGCCUACGCUCCGGCUCGCCUAUGCCCUCGAGCCUACGCAUGCUGCGCAUCGAGGCUGCCAACGCCAUCGGCGUCUCGGAUCCCUACUGGGUCGCCUGCAGCGGCAUGAUCGAGCUUCUGGAUCUCUACCAGCACAUUUCCCCGGGCGGCUACUCGUUCUUUCCCAACUCUUUCGGCGCCUCCUCCUCCGGUCUCGCUGCCCCUUCCGAUUCCUCCAACCCCCCCCUCUACUGCAUCCGGUUCUUCCCCCGCCUCUACCUCCAUGCUCUCCGGUCCUCUCAAGGCACCUUCUCCAAGUGCCCUUCCGAGUGGCAGUUCACCGCCAAAUCCAACUCGUCCAGCAACAGCUACGAUCCGACUCGUAGCUGGCGCGACGUCAACCACAUCUACCACGAUGUCUGGAUCGCCUCCGUCUGGAACAGCAUGCGCGUCUGCCGCAUCCUCGCCAACCACGCCAUCAGCCACCUCCUCCUCCGCGGCGCUAACACCGACAGCAACUGGUUCUUCGCCAACAACUACGCCGACCGUCUGCACCAGGCCACCCAGACCAUCGUCCGCCUGCGCGACGAGAUUCUCGCCUCCGUGCCCCAGCUCAUGGGCUACGCCACUUCCCCGGCGCAGGAGCUGCAGCAGCAGCAGCAGCAGAAGCAGGCGCAGCAGCACGAGCGCUCCAAGAACAACGCCGGCUCGGCGGUCGGCGGCUACUUUGCCUGCUGGGUUCUCCUCACUGUGGGCUGCAUGCACAACCUCGGCCACGAGACCCGUACGUGGACUGUCGCCCAGUUGCGCAGAAUCAGUUGCCAAGCAGGUCUUGCGCAGGCAGAUGAUUUCGCCAACUUUGUUGAAUCAAGCAACCUCCGUCCACCAUUGAGUGGAUAG